GUCAACACCACUAUUUUACAACUUUUCGUACGAAAUUCGACUGCACCGUCAGCCAUAGGAACAAAAUUACUAUCGCCCAUCUCAUAGGAAAGUCGUGAUUCUUCUACCACGCAAUGACCGAAAUAUCAUCGAACCAGAUCGGGAAACGAAAACGAAAGUCCAAUUCGGAGGAUGACGUGGAGUUCCAUGGAAGCAAACGCUGUCGAACAGUCAACGACCCAACGUCACCUCUAUGUGUGGCUUGCCAAACGAUCGAUAUCGAUUGGAAUUUUGAUGAAGCCUACCGGCAUUACAGAGGGAGAAACCUUAACACAUCAAACCCCGCCCAGAUUCACGAAGCCUAUGAUCGACGAAACUUCUAUAAUGAUGCUUUCCUGGUGCAUCAAUUUGGUACUCGGCUAUCCAGCCCAUCAGAGUGUCCAUUGUGCAACUUUUUCCGAUCCAUCAGGGCUCAGCCAGAUGCACAUGAGCGCUACAAGUUAUUAGCGUUUCCCAGUAGCGAUGCAUGGAUUUUCCAUGGAGCGCGAUUGAAAGAAGCACAGAGAGAUGUGAAUUGGCAAGACCUUCGAACUCGUCAUGAUAGAGCUUUCAUGGCCGUCGUACCCGAUCUUGAGUCUAUUCCGCCAACUGCACACGAUAUCACCUGGCUUGAUUACGAGAUCCCCGCCGUAGGAGCCGUCUUCCGCCAGCUGGCUGGCAACAGUAGCGACCAGGAUCUACUGGGUGCUAGGGAAAUUCCGUCCACAUUUGAUCUUGGGCAGGUACGGAUGUGGCUCGAUGUAUGUCGGAGCGAGCAUGGUGACGCAUGCAAGCAACGCGCAUCAUACGAGCCUAUCACCCGAGGCUUUCGUCUCAUCAAUUGUUCAAAAGAUCCUCCAGAGGUGGAGGAACAGCCAUGGGGGACACCAUAUGCAGCUCUAAGCUAUGUCUGGGGAUCUACCUCCGCUGAUCUGGACCCCUGGCCAGCGACGGUUAUGGACGCAGUCGAGGUCACACGCAAACUCAACUUCACCUAUCUAUGGGUGGAUCGGAGUUGUAUAAACCAAUCGGAUUUGGAUGAGAAAGGCUACCUGAUCUCGAGGAUGACGACGAUAUACGAAGCAGCGGAUUUCACGAUCGUAGCAGCGGCAGGAAGCGGUGCUAGCCAUGGUCUCCCUGGGGUACGAUCGACACCCCGCAGACCGCAACCAAAGUACUAUGUCGAUAGCGGAAGCUUACUUUUAUCAAUACUUCCUGAUCCGCGGCGAGAAGUAAUGCAGUCGCAGUAUUGGACUCGUGGCUGGACUUACCAAGAAGGUGUGCUUUCCAAUCGCCGCAUUGUUUUCACUGAACACCAGACCUACUGGGAAUGUCGCAGUAUGGCGUCUCACGAGAGCGCAGACAUAACGCUGUUCCAUACACCUGCAAGCCUCAAAGAUGAUUCUAAUUAUCUUCUGGUCGACUUCCUGCUUACUGGCAUAUUCAAAGGAGGUGCUUUCAGUGGAGGUAGCAAUGCGCACCAAGAUGAUGCUGUUAUCUCCAACGACGAGGCAUAUCGGCUUGACUAUGGGUUUCCAGUGGUUAAUGAGAUCAACGUUAGAGCACAACUGCGAGGGCUGGCUGAUCACAUGCGUGAAUUCACUAAGAGGCGCUUGACGCAAGACACAGAUAUCCUACCAGCAUUUCAGGGGAUUUGCGGGAUGUACGAGCAAACCAAAUCUCUAAUUAUAUCCCAAGGAGUUCCAUUAUGGACAGGCGACAUUGCCGGAAGCGCGACGAGCCCUCAAAUCACCUUCGCUUUAUCGCUAUCGUCAUGGUAUCACCGUGCAAGCCCAAAUCAUGUCAUGUUCAUCUCAGAGGCUUGUACACGACGUAAUCACCUGCCUUCGUGGACGUGGGCUGGUUGGAACGGUACGGUUAGUUGGCGCUUGCCCCCCGAUCGUGAAUACGUGGCAUAUAUGAGUGAUCUCAUUAACUCCACAAGCCCCAAUAUUGUUUGGGCGGCGAAUAUGUACCUUUCGCAUCCUGAAUGUCAGUCUCGAGUUCGACUGCUCGACAGAGACUCUAUACGUCGCUUAUCAGAUGGGAUGUUAUCAACACUUGAGAUCAGAGACCCGUACUUCUUGAAUACCUUUUAUAGGAUCAAAGAUGUUGAUCGAGAGUGGUCUUGGGGGAAGUUGAUUGGAAGGCCCGGUCGUGAAGAAAAAAUGUCAUACAGUUUUGAUAAGGACAUGGAUUGGUAUAGGAUGGGUCACAAGAAGGGUCGCCUUGCUUUCACCGCCAUGUCGAUCGCCAUCACCCAGCAACAAUGGACCGCCAAGCAUGUCUCUGGCGAGUUCAUUAGUGUUCUUAUAUUUGCUGGAAGAUUCUGCGAUACGGAACAUGGAGCGGCACGGUUCCUGACGUUGCGAAAAGUACCUCAGUCUAGUCCCACACUGUGGGAGCGGGUUGGUAUACUCUCGUUGACACUUGCCUAUCUAGAAAAAGGGGGAUGUCGAGAUGUCUCUGGUCUUUUCGCCCGGAUACCGGCUCGUCAACAAAUUGGCAGCAGUAUAGUAAUCCAAUGAAUCAGGGACCAUAUCUCGUGGGCAAAACGUUUAUCGGGGGCGGCUUUACUAGUUACGAUCAAUCGCAAAGACCACUGCAGGAAGAUCAGCACGCACCAUCCACCUGAAUACCAGCAGUAUAGCAAUCUUUAGGUCAAGAUGUGAACAGAAUUAUAAUUUCUUGGGC